AGAGGACUUAUGCUACAGUUCUACCGGUUUGAAAAUGCAUUCAUUCUUGUGAGCAGAUUUGAAGGGAAGAAUUGAAGCGCGUAUUUCAUUCUGCCGCUAAAAAUGAUGAUCUUACCGUUGACAGCGGCGGUUAGUACAAAAUUUUCUUGUUCCUUUCAUUACUCCGUUAACGAAACCCCUGAAACCUCUAAAAGACCUCGACAAAAAUCUGAUCUCAAAUCCAAAUUCAAGAAACCGUUUUCUACACCAGCACAGCUAGUGAACGCGAGAAAUCAACCUCCAUCAAAGCUCGAAGCUCUUGAAAAUAUCAUAUGUGAUAUAGAAUCCUCUUUAAAGAAUGGUGUUGAGAUUAAUGACCCAGGUAUAUUUUCAUCCCUUCUUGAGACCUGCUUCAAUUUACAAGCGUUUGCUCUUGCCACCCGAAUCCACAGCGUCAUUCCUCACAAGCUUUUACGUAAGAACACUGGCCUCUCAUCGAAGCUUCUCAGGCUGUAUGCUGAGGAUGGUCGCGUGGAGGAUGCCCACGAGCUGUUUGAUCAAAUGCGCGAUAGACAUUCUUCUGCAUUUCCAUGGAAUUCACUUAUAUUAGGCUAUGCGGAGAGGGGGUUGUUCGAGGAUGCGUUGGCGCUUUACUUUCAGAUGGUGGAAGAGGGCGUGGAGCCAGACCUGCACACUUUUCCUCGUGUGCUUAAAGCUUGUGCAGGAAUUAGGCUGAUUCAGGUCGGGGAGGAAGUUCAUCGCCAUACCAUUCGUUGUGGGUUUGGGAAAGACAGGGUAAUUCUUAAUGCACUUGUUGUUAUGUAUGCCAAAUGUGGUGAUAUUGCUAAGUCUAGAAACAUGUUCAAUCAUAUUCCAGAAAAGGACUUGGUUUCGUGGAACUCUAUGCUUGUAGGUUAUAUUCGGCAUGGCCUUAUAUUGGAGUCAGUGGAUGUGUUUCGUACCAUGAUGCAUGAAGGCUUCAACCCCAACUAUAUCUCUAUAUCAGCUAUACUCAGCAACUUAAAACUGCUCCGUGUAAGGCAAAGAGAGCAGGUCCUGAAACUGGGAUCCCAAAUUCAUGGAUGGGUUCUUCGUCGUGGAAUUGAAUGGAAUAAUUUAUCAGUUGCAAACUCAGUGAUUUCGUUUUAUUCUUCUAAUAGUGUCAACAGGCUCAAACAAACGAGAUGGUUGUUUGACCGGAUGCUUGAAAGGGAUGUUGUGUCGUGGAAUUCAAUAAUUUCAGCUCACUCCCAGGACCGUGAAGCCCUUGCUUACUUCCAAAAUAUGGUCAACUCUGGUACAAUGCCGGACACUGUCACAUUCUUAUUAUUAUUGGCUGCAUGUGCUCAUAUGGGGCUGGUAGAUGAUGGUGAGCGGAUAUUCGUUCUGAUGAAAGACUGGUACAAGAUUAAACCAACAAUGGAACACUAUGCUUGUAUGGUUAAUCUAUAUGCUAGAGCACAAUUGAUAACCAAAGCUUAUGACUUCAUUCUGUUGAACAAAAUAGAUGUAGAGGCUGGUCCAACCAUAUGGGGAGCAUUGCUCUAUGGUUGCUCCCUUUCUGUCAAUGCUGAUAUUGGAGAGGUCGCUGCUAAGCAUCUAUUUUAUUUGGAGCCAGAGAAUGAGCAUAAUUUUGAGCUCUUACUAAAGAUCUAUGUUAAAGCUGGUCGCAAUGAGGAUGCAGAAAGAGUAAGAAAAAUGAUGGUAGACAGAGGCUUUGACUAAUGAUUUGAUUAUCACUUGGAAAUCUCUACCGUACCCAAUUAAAUUAGAUGGGUUUCGGUACCCAAGUUUUGUAAGCCCAUCACAUUACAUUACAAUAGUUUUGUACCUGUUAUGAAAAAUUAGCAAGUUAGUUGUUAUUUUUUGAAAGUUUUAAAGAUCUCUUUCUCCUUCCCUACAUAUCUUUUUUUGUCUUACUAGUUACGAAAAAAUUAAACUCUGAAUUUAUUUAUUUUUGCAUCAAAA